AUGAGCAAACGAAAGUGGCGCGGAUUUCGGGGCGCCCAGCCGGAGCGAACGCGGCCGCCAGCCGCAAGUCCGCAGCUGUGUCCCGCGCCCCACGCCGGCCUCCCCGGCGGCAGCCCGAGACGAGCGCCAGCACCGGCGGGACAGCAGCAGAUGCGGGUCGAGAGUCGGGCAGGGGCGCAGAGGCGGCGGGGAUCGGCGCGGCGGGGAGCUCACCGCGAGGCUGGAGGCUGCGUCCGCGGGCGCACCAGGAGCUCAGGCAGCGGGCGAUCGAACGCUCUGUGGCGGACGGUGGACGCUGCUGAAGGGCGCCACAGACGAGGCGUUGACCUUGGGCUCGCUCCCCUCGCUGGGGAAGGACACAAUCGCUGGCAUCAGCCCGGCUGGCCUGGGAAGUCGGACUAAGGACCCAGACUGGAACCCUCCACACCAGACAGCACAGACCACCCGAAGGCUGCUCAAUCCGCCCAAAGCCAAAAGAGCUCCCCUGCCAGGACCUCGGUGCUGUGGAGACUGCGGGGAGCUUGCUCUGCCCACACCUGCUCUGGCCCCUAGACAGAAGCACC